AUGGAUUGGUCAGGGAGUAGCCCGAGGUUAGGGGAACGUCGUUUGUUGGCGCUGUGCCUGACGGUGAUCUGCAUGAUGGCUACCGUUCAGAGGGUCCGUUCCGUGGACGUCAACGACACCAAGGAUCCGUGGACCGGAAUUUCCAGCAGUUGCUCGGGCACGGACGCGAAAAACAUGUCCGUGUCCUGCUACGGGAUGAGGAUCGUCAGGAAGAUCGUGCAACAGGUCCUGGAGAAGACCAACAAGGAGUCGAAUAUCGAGAUUUUCGACGGUGUCAGCUUGGUCGAGGUACCUGGAGGCGGACCUACCAGGAAAGGAAAGCUCAUGAAGGGUUUCGGCGGCAUGGGGUCGUUGGUGCAAUUCUUGGAGGGACGGGAGCUUAGAAUUAAGCUGCCCAGCCUACUGCCGCAGAACAUCGAGAGCGCCCUGCAGGAGAGUCUACCUACCGAGCAAGGCAGGGGUCGUGGAGGCGGGGGAUAUGGCGGUCUUGGAGGAGGCGGCGGCGGCGGAGGCGGUGGUGGCGGCAAGAAGGGCGGAAAUAACGGAAUACUCAUUCUGGCGAUGAUGAUGGGUAAGAUGAUGGCGGCGCUGGGAUUCGGGGCGCUGGGUCUGCUAGCCAUGAAGGCGUUGAUGGUGUCGGCAUUGGCGCUGAUGCUCUCGUUGAUCGUCGCCGUGAAGAAGCUGACGAGUGGCCACGAUAGCGGCGGUGGGCACCACGUGGUCUACGCUCAGGAUGUCGGCCACCACCAUUAUCGCAAGAAGAGGUCUCUAGGGGAGGAGGACCACGAUUUGCCGUACAGAGGAUACGCGCACCUGUACAACGACAUGAAAAUGUCCUGA